AUGAAGAUCCCUCUGUGGUACCUGCUGGUGCUGCUGGCAUGUCUCUUCACCCCUGGACGCAGUGACUGCCAGGAGGAGUGUGUGGCCUGCGGUCUGCUCCUGCAGCAGCAACAGCUGCAGCAAGCCUUCAACACCAUGGUGUGUUUGUUGGAGUGCAAAGGUCACGUCUCCUCCUCACUCACGUGGGAGGUGUGUAAACAUGCCGUCAAGUUAUCGCAGCAUCCCGCGCUCUCUGAGGGAGGCGCUCUGUUCAAGAGAACAGGAGAGGAGCUGGAGCUGACCUCUCUGGACCUGAACUCUGACAGUCAGCUGCUGCAGUCUGCAGCCGCCGACCGCUUCCAGGAGGGGGAGCGAGAGGAGACACCCUUUGAGCAGCGCAGCGUCCAGUAUGACUCAUCACUGCUGGAAUCCUCCGAGGAGGGGGAGGGCCUGCGGGAUCUGGAUCUCAGCCUGGUGGAUGAGGAGAGGAAGCCGAGAGAGGAGAGGAAUGCGGACAGCGACAGCCAGCUAGAGGGGGACGAGGACGGCGGCUCAGAGGGCGUCACCAUAACCAAACGGUUUGGCGGCUUUCAGAGAGGCCGCCACGGAUACAGAAAGCUGAUUGGCUCUUCCAUGAGGCCCCUACAAAAGCGCUAUGGUGGCUUCAUAGGCGUCCGGAAAUCUGCCCGCAAGUGGAACAGUCAGAAACGAGUGAACCAGCUGCUCAGGCAUUACCUGGGCAUGAGGAGCAGCCGCAGCGGCAGGUUCAACAGCAUCCCCGUAACUCGGGUGUGGAGGCAAAACAAACUGUGACGUGUUUCCGUCGCUCUCACAGAGUCCUGCCCCAGUUACCUCAACCAAUCAUGUUUUCAGCCGCUCACUCAGAUUUCAAGCGUCGCCAUCGUCAUGAGAAGAACAGACUGUGCCGUGUCGCUGCACCUCUCUUUGUGUCUCUAAGUAACCAGGAAUGUUUUGACUGUGAUGUCCUUCUUAUUAAGCUCAUGCCAUUCUGUGAAAUAAAAGAAUUAGAGAAGUGCAAUUGAAUAUAUUUUUGUGUGUCAGUAUAAUAAAAA